AGAGAGCUCUUCCAUUCAAUACUUGUUCAUUUCUCAUCGAAAUUCUCACAAUUCUUCACCUUCAAACUAUACAUAAUUGCAGUUGAAACUCACUAGCAAAAAAUCAUACUGCUGCUGUGCAAAGAUAUACUUCUCUUUGCAAUCGUCCAUUUCAGCUUCUUUAACUCUCACAACAUCACCUUCAUGAGUUCCAACCAGCAAACAACUAAGUUUUAUAGGCAUGGCUAGAUCUUCGAUAUCUACUCGAGCUCUGCGAACCCCACCUCGAUCUACUAGAGGAAAUCCUACUUUUUCAUACGCAGAACCUCCGACCAGCGAUGACGAUCUAGAAGAGGAAGAAAAUGGCAAUGUCGAUGAACAAUCACAUAGUGAUAUCUCUCAUGCGCCACCUGCGAGACGCUCUCGGGCACGCACCCGAAAUGUGCGGGAACCACGGUCUGCGAAUAAUAAACCACAAGUAGCUAUUACAAAAAGCACUCGACAGAAGCCGGUAAUUUCAUACGCAGAAUCAUCGACUGACCAUGAUUCGGAGGAGGAGGAAGAAGAGGACGGCGAAGAUAAUGAACCAUCCUAUAGUGGCGCAACUCACACGCCCCGCGCAAGACUCUCGAGAAAUGCUUCACACUCUCGUUCUUCUGCCAAGCGAAGCCAAUGCAAUUCCCAUGAAUCAACGCCGAAGAGAAGAAAACAGAAUCAAUCAGCCUCUAGCAAAAGAUCCCGCGUUCAGUCGCCAGCUAUGCUCGUGGUAAAUCCCGAAGCUAUUCCGCCAUGGCAGACUCUUCCGUAUCAUGUCCUAGUGCAAAUAUUUGAGUACGCCACAUAUCCACUGUACGAAGAAAGAACCUUUCAACCUCUUCCAUCUGGAAGAUGGCUGCUAGAUGUCGCAUAUCUUUGUCGGGGGUUCGCCGAACCAGCCUUUACAGUAUUGUACAAUUCGCCUCCUCUUGUUCCAAUGGAUAAAGCACAUCGACUCGUAGAUUUACUCAAAUCUGACCCUGCGAUGUUGACUUUUGGCUACAGACAGAAAGUUGUCAACCUUCGCAUUGAAGUCAGGCAAGUUGCUGCCUAUUCUUUACCUGGCAGUGGACUUCUGGAUUUGCAUGGCUUAAUAAAGGACUUGCCAAGAUUGGCGGAUCUGGAGUUUUACGAUCAGAAAGAUUCGAAGCCUUUCAAACAACUUGACGAUUCGAUUAGAUGGGAAUAUCCAGUUGCGGUCUUUGAAGCACUAGAGCAUGUUGAACCGGCUGCAGAUAUUACCAAAGGAGAUAAAACCAGUCUGUGCAAACUAAGAAGCUGGCGUUGGUCGUCCAGACUAGCAGGUAAGAGAUGGCCCAUUGAAAAGAUUCGCGAGAUUCACCUCAAGCCAUCUUUCAUCGGACUAAAGAAGAUUGCGUUUGUUAAUUACCAAAUUCGACACCCUAAAAAAGGCGAGGAGGAUCCAAAACUUGAGGAAUUAUUAGGUGGAGCGAUUUCCGCCCUGGAGGUACUGGAACACUUGAUUUUCGAAUCAUCGACGCUACUUAAUGCGAAAUUGAUGCCCCUGCUACCAUCAAAUUUGCGAAAUCUGGAAAUCACUAAUUGUUGGGAGGUCACUGCUGAAAUGCUUGGCGAAUAUCUCCUGACUAGUGGCAGGCAACUUCGCUGUCUCACGCUCAAUCAUAACUCUGCCUUAAGCCUAGCCUUUCUGCCAUCACUUGGUGCAGCAUGUCCAUAUCUGGAAGUCUUAAGAAUGGACCUUCAAUACUUCGAUGCACAUAUCUCAUACCACAGUGCUGAGCCGGAUUAUGAUCAGUUACUUACGAGUAAUCAAAUUCCUGAAUGGCCAACCACGCUCCAAUCCCUUGAGCUUCUUAAUUUACGCAAAUGGGACAAACAAGCCGCAGAAAUGUUCUUUCAAAGCUUGUUGGAUAGUGCAGGCGAGCUUUCGGAUCUCCGAAUUCUGAUUCUGCAGACAAGUAUUAACAUCGCAUGGAGAGAUAGGGCUGCCUUUAGAGAUAAAUGGAUCGGCACUUUGGGACAAGUUUUUAAGAGGGUUUGCGAUCCCCCAAAGCAUUUUUUGAAAGCUGCGCAAUUACCAAGAGUUGAACUUUACAAAUCGGAAACAGAUACCCAAGAUACUGAUCAGAGCCAAAGUCCCCCAAAGAAGCAAAAAGCUCGACCAAAGAGAAACUCCCUCCCACUCCGUCACAGCACACGCGCUAAACGUACAAACUAUGCUGAAAGCCCUGACAAUUCUAAUGAUGAAAUUGACAACGAGGAAGAUGAAGAAGAGGAGGAAGAUGGAGAUGAUGAUGGUGUAACAUCCACCCCUGCACCUCCAUCUACAUCAGUUCCUUCAGCUCGCCAGGCUGCCCGAAGUCAACGUGCUUCUCGGGAAAUUCGCUUGUUAAAAAUUACUGCGGGGAUUGAUGGAUUUCCUUCUUCGCCACCUCAGACUCCUAGUUUGGGAGAUGAAGAUGGAGAUGAAGAUGUAAGUGAUGAGAAUAUUGAUGGUGGUGGUGAGAGUAAGGUUAUGAACCGGAAUGUCAACAGCAAGGGCAAGGGAAAAGCGAAACAAAAGCGAAAUGUGAUUCAAGGAAUGUGUGAGGUAGUCAAUGUCAGAAUUGACAAUUUAAGACCGGCCGAGACGCAGUUUGGUGAGGCGGACUUUCUGGACAGCGAGCCUGAAGGUGAUGAUGACUGGGAUGGAGAUGAUGGGUUUGUGGAGGAAGGAGUAGCUUGGUGAUCCACUUUGAGGCGCAACGGAAAUUGGAGCAUGAUUUGCAAGUUUUUUUGAUCAGUUGAUUAUGUUUAGAGGGAAAGCAAGGGGAGUCAAAGGGUGCAUGAGGAAAUGGCUGGGAAAGGUUGGACUUGACUCAUAUGCAUUUGAUGGACGGAAGGACAGUGCGCUACGAAUUAUGAACAUACGAAUAGGAUGGCAUAGGAAGGCUUGGGUAUCACAACUCUAUGAAUUGUUUAGGGAUCGGAUAGCUUCUUUGCGGAGCAUUGUUGAACGCGGAUACACAUACGAAUCAUGAUUACAUACUAUGUUGCUAGCCUUUCUUCCGCGUUGUAUUAUAGUACCAAUAAAGGAAUGGCUGUAUAAAUAUAAUUUGGCUUUGCACAUAUCAAGAUGGUCUGGUGUAUGAAUGGACUCGUAUAGUGGUGUGUGAUGUGAUGGGUUUCUAUA